GUUGAAAACCAUAUAAAUUAUUUCUGAAGAAAAUUUGUUUUAAAAAUAUAUGUUGUCGUUGUCUUUGUUUCUUACAACCCCGAACAAUAUUUUACAAUUUGUGCUGAAUCAAACCAAUUUUAAUUUAAAACAUACUACUAAUCAACAAAUAUCGUGGAGAGUUUAUAAUUAAAAAAGUAUGUAAUAAUUGAAUUUAUGGUCUUAUAUAUCAUCCACAAAAGACCAAAGACGAUGUCGUCCAUUUCUUUGUCCUUCUUCCUGCCACAAGAUAAAUGACAGAGAGAACACCGUGUACCUGAAAACUUAACUUUACUUCUAUUUUCUCCGUUGGGUGCUCUACGUCAGCUUUUCCGAGCUUACAUCAUCUCUCCGGCGUUUCUGAGCUUCAUUACACACGUGCCAUUUCAAAGAUCGAAAAAGCUUAAAAGUAUUUUUGAAGCAAAUCUAACGGGGAUAUUAAUGGUGUUUGCUUCUUUUAGCAUUUAAGAUUCAGGAUCAUCUUAAAGCUUAACGAGAAAGUUACUCGUUGCUGCUUGGUAUUUUCAUCUUUCUGGUGAGACGAAUCAAAUGGGACAUUUUUCGUCGAUGUUCUCUGGGUUGGCUCGAUCCUUCUCGAUCAAGAAAGUGAAGAACAACAAUGGAAACAGCGACGCUAAGGAAGCAGCUGAUGAGAUGGCGAAAGAUGCCAAGAAGAAGGAGCUGAUUCUGAAGUCGUGUGGUUACGUUUAUGCAGAAGGAUCUAAUAACUCGGCCUCUGUUUUCUCCAAACGCGGCGAAAAAGGCGUUAACCAGGACUGUGCAAUCGUUUGGGAGGGAUUUGGGUGCCAAGAAGACAUGAUAUUCUGCGGAAUAUUCGAUGGACAUGGUCCAUGGGGUCACUAUGUAGCCAAACAUGUAAGAAACUCAAUGCCUUCCACGCUUCUCUGCAACUGGCAAAAGAUUCUUGCUCAAGCCACACUACUAGAGCCCGAGCUAGACCACGAAGGCUCCAACAAAAAGCUCUCGAGACUCGACAUAUGGGAACACUCGUAUCUCAAGACAUGUGCAUCGGUUGAUCAAGAGCUUGAACAUCACCGCAAGAUCGAUUCUUACAACAGCGGCACAACCGCUCUAACCAUUGUCAGACAGGGUGACGUGAUUUAUAUAUCAAAUGUAGGCGAUUCACGAGCGGUACUAGCCACGGUAUCGGAUGAAGGAAGCUUGGUCGCUGUUCAGCUCACCCUCGAUUUCAAACCGAAUCUGCCUCAGGAGAAAGAGCGGAUAAUCGGAUGCAACGGGCGGGUUUUCUGUCUGAAAGAUGAGCCAGGAGUCCACCGUGUGUGGCAACCGGACGCAGAAAGGCCGGGGCUCGCAAUGUCGAGAGCGUUCGGAGACUACUGUAUCAAAGAGUAUGGAGUGGUUUCAGUCCCUGAAGUCUCUCAAAGGCAUAUCUCUACAAAAGACCAUUUCAUCAUCCUGGCUAGUGACGGAAUAUGGGAUGUGAUCUCUAACCAAGAGGCUAUAGAGAUCGUCUCUUUGACGGCGGAGCAGCCUAAGGCGGCUAAGCGAUUAGUGGAGCAAGCGGUUCGGGCUUGGAAGAAGAAGAGACGAGGAAUCGCCAUGGACGAUAUGUCCGCCGUUUGCCUCUUCCUACAUUCCUCUUCUUCAUCUUCAUCUCUAUCACAACACGUUCAUCAUGCCACGACGUUUAAGUAACAAAACUGCGUUGUAAAUAGCAUUGCGUUUGUGAACAUUCGUUUUGAUAUUCGAAAAGCGGUUUUUGGUCGCAGCCAUCACAUGAGUUGAUUCAUACGUCUCAUUGUGUUUGAUUGAGUUAUAAGCUAGUAAAAAAUAAAUAAACAAAACGGAAAAACGAAAGAAACCA